GUACCAGGUUUUUUCAGAUUAACUAUAAGGACCAAUAUCGGUCCGGAUAUAUAUGUUCAGACCGAUUUGGGAUAUAUACGGACCGAUUGGUCGGUCUGAAUAUUACAUUCCUGCAGUAGUCCAAAUGGAAGAAUUUUAUGGAGUUUUGUUAAUCAAUCAUGGGGGUACUUUCACUUAUGGCUCACCAUCACAGUAUGUUAAUGGGGUCUCAAUUACCAAGCUUGUGGAUGGGGACAGACUAAAUGCAUUUGAAAUUGCUGAUUAUGUUGUUUCUUUGGGAUAUGAAGAAGUUAUGAUAAAAAACAUACUGUUCAAAUCACCAUUAGCUUACAUGGAUUCCUUGAAAUCAUUAGUUGGGGAUGAUAGUAUUCUUGCUCUUCUUAGAAUUUUGAAGAAUAAAUGUGAAGUUCAUCUAUAUGUUGAUCAUGAGGUCAAUUUUGCUUAUGUAAUUGACCCUGUUUUGUCUAUUAGUUGGAAAGAUGCUGUUGGAAAUGAGGGUGGUGGGGUUGCUGUUGAUAGUAAUAAUAAUGAGGGACCACUUGAAGUUGAUAAAGGCAAUGUCACAACAGAAAGGCAGGGUUUCCAUGAGGACAAUUUUGACAAUUCACAUAAGGAGUUUGAUUCAGAAUAUGAAUCUCUAAGUGACGAAGAUUUGGGUAGUCCAGUUGGCAUUGUUGAUAAGAAAUAUUUGACACAUUUACAUAGAGCAAGAGCUUUGAGGAAGAAGAGGAGGGCUAGAUCUGGAGUUGAAGAAGGUUUAACCUCCAAUACUCAAGCUGGAAGUCGGGAAACAACUCCAAAAUCAACUCAAACAAGAUUAGAUCUAACACCAUCAACUCCAACAAGGGUGAAACAUGUUGCAAGAAAACCUACUCCAACAAGAGCAAGGGCAACUCUAACAUCUGAGCAACCUUCUAUUGGUGAAGCAACUAAAGCAACUACAUCAAUUGAGCAACGUAAUGUGGAUGCAGCAACUGAGCUAGUGCUAAAGGAAAGGGGUAAGCUAAGGAAAAUUCCAUUAGAGCAACUAUUUGCAGAGGAGAGAGCGAAGUAUGAGAAAAAACUUGUUGUCAUUAAAAGAUACAAGACACUAAAAAUUGAGCAAAAUGAUGCAGACUUAUUUGGAAGGUCAAUCUCUAGAGAUCUACUCACUUCUUCUCAACAGUUACCUGUUGAUAAUUCAAAAUCUUUUGAUGAAAGUGGUGAAAGAGAUAGCCAUUAUGAAGACAAUAAUGAUCCUCGCAACUUGUGGACAAGUUCAAGUGAUGUUGAUGAAGAUGAAUAUCAUGUCUGCAUUGAUUCUGAAGGGGAUGAACCUACAAACGUAUACUACAACCCUUCAUGGGAAAUACCGCACUUUCAAGUUGGUAUGAGGUUUAAGAACAAUGUUGAGUUCAAGGAGGCCAUUAGAAAAUACUCAAUUAUGAGGAGAUGUGAUUUGAAAGCAUUGAAGAAUGAGCCCAAUAGGCAAAAAUAUCAUCGAAAUAAAGUUAGAGUGGUUGUUGACAUGCCUAGAACUGGUGGUCCUUUGGUGUUUCAGGGUAUGUAUGUUUUCUUGAAAGUGUUGAGAGAUGGGUGGAAGAAUGGUUGCAGACCAUUAAUUGGGGUUGAUGGAUACUUUUUGAAGGGUGUUUGUAAAGGGGUAUUGUUAUCAACUGUUGGAAGAGAUGGAAACGAGUAGAUGUAUCCCAUUACUUAGGCUAUGGUUGAGUCAGAGAGUGGCAACUCUUAGAAAUGGUUUUUUGAGAAUCUAAGGGUGGAUCUAGACUUAGGUCCAUUAAUUGUUGUGUAUUGAAUUUGUGUUCAUGCUUUUAGUGGUUGUUGAAUCAACCAUAAACUUUUAUGUUAAGUAUUGUAGGUUAUGUAAUGAUCUAUAUUAUUUGUGUACUUUGACUCUGAUGUUCAAUGUAAAGUGAACUUAUUAGUAGUCAUGUGCAAGCAUGUGAAAUUGGUUGUGUGUACAACCUGGACAACUUGUGGAACUAACACUAUUUUGGCAACAACUUUUUUGGAUCCUUGUUUGAAAUAUACAGAUAAGAUAAAG